GACCUAAUCUCACCAAUGUAGUUGCGAUUAUUAGCUUAAUUAGUAAACUUGUGGUUCCUACUAUGUGACAAUAAUACUUACGCGAAUCAGGGUCUUAUCGAUAGGUAUUGGUCUGCGUUGUUUGUACCCUGUCACGAUUAUUUUUAUUGCCUAGGUAAAUCGAGUUUAUAUGUAAAAAUAAAUAAUACCGAAGGUUGAUUCGAGUUCAAUUAUAAUUUUCUGUAGUUUGUGGAUACCUCACUUGUUAAUUUCUUGAAUUCGUGUCAAGUGUUACACAUUCUUAAGUUUCAUUUUACAGAGUAACUAUAUUAUUAAACCUUACAUCGCGUAGUUUUUUCUAUUGAAAGGAACGUUAUAUUUUAACUCAAUCCUCUAUUUUACCUAAGAGACCAUGUGCGUGUGUUUUAUUUGCUUUAUUGCUUGGCUAUGGAACUGUGCCCACUUGAUAUAUGGAUUCUCAUAUACAGAUUCACCACCUGAUUUCCUCGAAUUCCUGGACAGCCUACAUUACCCAUCAUAUGGGUUUCAUUUCGUAGAUUAUAGCCAGUUGUACUACGCCAUUCAAAGUUCUGUGAUGUUUUUCGCGAUUUGCCCCGGCUUAGUUAUAGACUCAUUUUUCUUCCUAACUCCAUUGGCUGUGAGUGAAACGCUCAUGCUUCUGAUGUAUUUGAUCAAAAUACUCACCUAUUUGUGGCUGCGUAUAAACUUGGCUCCAUCGACAGAAAACCCUCUAAAACUGUUGAUUUUAUUUGCAUUCCAUUAUUACUUUUGCUCGAGUAUCUUCAGUUUCUUCAGCCAACUAUCAAAAGGAGAGCAUGGAUGCGAACAUCGAUUGACAAUAAACGUUAAAAUCACGAAAUCGACACAAGAUGCUUCGUCUCUUCGAGCAUCUGCUCCCUGUUCGAAUGAUGAAACCUUCCUGCCGGUUUCACAGGAAAAUUCUUCGUAUGCUACAAAAACUCCUGAAGCUCCUGUCUUCACUCAACCACCGUCAUAUGUUGUGUGAGACGUACCAUGUAGACUAUGGGCUCUUUACUUACCUAUUAUAUGUAAGGGUAAGGGCGCCCAACUUCGACCACUUUUUUUAAAAUCGCCACCAAUCGAAGACUAUUUCACUUCAAAACGUGGUAAAUGGCUUAAAAUGUAGGUUGAACCUUCCCCUAACUCAUAUCAAAAUUUUGGCCCAAAUGAAGAAUCCUUAAUAUGUUUUUUGAAUUUUUUUCCGAAACAACUCAAAAACGAUUUUUCAAAAGUUGGGCUCCUAAUCCCGACCACCUCCAAAAGUUAGGUGCCCUAAUUCCGACCACAUUUGAAAGUGCAGCAACCAAUAAAAUACUAUUUUCACAUGAAAAUACAGUAAAUGGCUUAAAAGAUAGAUUGAACCUUCCCCUAACUCAUAUUGAAAUUUUGGGGUUAUAGAAUAAUUCUUUAUGGCUUUUUGGAAUUUUCUUCUGAGGCACCUCAAAAAUGACUGAAUUUGGUACCCUAAUCCCGACCACCCUGACUGAAUUUACAUGAUCUUAUGGGUGGUCGGGAUUAGGAGACCCAUGUCAUUUUACACUUUCGUAAAAAAAUUUUAUACAUACCUUUGAUGGAUUAGGAAAGCGGCUAUAUCAUCAGAAACGUACUUAAAUAACAAUCACAACACAUGUAUAACAUCAUAAAAUUAUUGAUAUCUAGUUAAAAUUUUUCGACGAUGAAAAAUGACAAAAAACUUAUCUUUGACUAUCGAAUUUUUUCAACUUCAAUUCAUUUCGCGAGUUUUGGCUGUACAAUGGCCGGGAAUGUCUCAAAUUAAUCGUCUGUGAUAGAGGAACAUGUUUAUAUCACUUUCCGGUAGGUAGCGCUAAUAACAGACGAGAUAUAGAGGGUGGUCGGGAUUAGGCACUGGGCGGAAUAGGGGUCCCUUACCCUUAUGUAUUCAAUUGUGCUUAGGCAAUUCCGUUUUGAAUAAAAUGGGAAUAAAACGAUGAACCAUCGAUAUUUUAUUGUUUUGCAUGUGUCUCUGCAUGUGCAGAGCCGCAGAGGUCACCAAAUGAUAAUUGAAGCGACCAAAGGUCUCUGCGAUUUUUUUUUUUGCCAGGGAUAAGAGAAUUUGAAGUUUUGCAAAAUCGAGUCGUUUGAAAAUAGCUUCGCUUCCAAAGAUCAACAAAAUCUUAGAUCCCAAAGUUCAUUUUUGGAUUUUUGGCAAAUUUUUGAAAAUUGAAAAGUUCUCACGGUAGAAUUUUUUUUCUCGAAUAAUCUUGCAUUUCAUUUGAACUGAGCUGAGCAACUAAACUAUAACCAAUUAUUUUAGUCCAUGCUGGUGUCUCCUAUAAAUUCUCCUAAAAAUAACGACUUCAAACUUUUCAAAAAUCUGAGCUUUCUGGAACAUUUAGGAGAUUCUAGUUUUCCAAAAAAACAAAAAAAAACCUCUAUAAAAUUCGUAGAAAAUAACUUUAGCUCGUAUGCUCGUGAUUGCUGGUAAUGCUGGUGCUUGUUAGUGAUCCACUUGACAGAUUACUCAUCAUUUUUUGUACCUACUGAACACCUACCCUCUUGGGAACCAUAUUUUUUCUCCAAUGUUUUCGACGAUUGCAUUAAAAUAAUUUUUUUUUUAAAAGUGAAAAAUUGAAAAUUCCACAAAAAAGUAGGCUGAUUUUGACCAAAUUCAUCAGAGACCUUCAUUUUGAGUUGAAAGUUAGAUGCCUCUGUAGGGGAGAUUUGGGCCCUCAAAGAGUAGGUAUGUUCGAAAAAAAUUGUGUUUUUUUUUUGCUCCUGCUACGCAACCCGUUUUUGAAAAAAUGACCCGUUCCUAAAUUAAAGUGAGUAAUACUUGGAAAAUGAACAAAUUUUGUCGUUAUGAAUUUUUUUAUAAUUUCAAGAUUGAAGAGGGGAGAAAUAUUUUAGAAGAAAAAAAUCGCGAAAACGUAUUAUUGACCUUGGGAAUGGGCAGUACUUACUUUGGAAAAUAAACAAAUUUUUAAAUUAUGAAUUAUGCCUAACAUUGGAAUUGAAGGGAGUAGAAGUAUUUUAAAAGAAAAUAUCACUAGCCCCUUAAAAGUUGACAGAUUUCGACCAAAUUUAGCAGAAAACUUCAUUUUGAGUUGAAAAUUACUCACAAAAAUUCUGGUUCCGAAGGUACCCCCGGAGGGAAGAGUUGCCCCCUCAAACAAAUGGGCUUUUUUGAAAAAUUGUAGUUUUUUGCUUCUGGGGCUACACAACCUGUGUUUUAGGGAAAAUGGCCAAGUCUCAAAUUAAUGUAUUUGAGACUCUGCCUAGAUCGAUGCUAUUACUAUCAAAACCCAAGACCACUUCGUUUAGGGUUCUACUGCGCGAUUAAAAAUUUGCAAAACGGUAAUUUUUGGGUAAAUUUGUGUUUUGACAAUUUCUUCUUGGCAUAUUGAAAAAUAUCACUCCUGAAAGUGGGAGAAUAUUUUGGAAAGCAGUGGUGCCAAUUUUUUAAUCAUUGUUGUCAAUCUCAAAAAGUCGAAAAAAUUUUAGUUUUUGUUUUUUAGUCUUUGGUUUUCUCAGCACGGGCUUAGGGUGAAUGCUGCGAAGUCAGAGCUUGUUGUUUUUGGCUUUCAAAAUUGAUAUGUGCGCAACUUAAGAGGUAAGGUUUUCCUCCAUGAGAGGGAGUGCGGUGCUCUCUGCUCCUGUCCAGCUCUGGUACAGGUGGAGAAACACAGGUACUUGGGUGUGUGCUGUGUGGGUAGAUCAGUGCUUGGCGUGGAGGGAACACUGUUUGGUUUUGAGGGCAAAAUUAUCUAAAAUUGUAAAUCUGAUUCGCUACUUGUCUGGCUUGGUGUCUGGUGUUCAUCUUCGGAGGUUCUAUGUGGCUGUGUUUGAGGGUACCUUGAGGUAUGGGAUCAUGGUGUGGGGGGGGGGUGCGGCUACAUGUUGGAUCCGGCCACUACUGAUGCUUCAAAAGCGAGCCGCUCGGUUAGUUGUUGGUGAACGCUGGGACGCUCCCUCUCAGCCAGUUUUCCAUUCUUUGGGUAAGGUGCACCGGGGCAAGUCAGAACGAUUUUUCACAAUUUCAACUUUGACCAGCUGUUACUCCCCUUCUAAUGAACCAAUAUGGAUCAAAUUUAUUAUGUAGGUUCCCAUAAGGGUUCUUAACCUAUGGUGAAAAUUUGAGAGCGAUUGACACAGUAGCUUCCGCUCAGUGGAAUAAAAUAUAAAAUGUCCUGACUUACCCCAAUUGGGGUAAGUCAGAACAGGCUAAACUUUGCAGAGGCGUAGAUCACAAACGGAGUGUCCUAGAAAAAUUGCAUAGAAACAAAAUUGUAGAGAAUUUAAAUCUCUUUGAGAUCAAUUUCAUCAGAUUUUCUCUAGGACGCACGGUUCGUCCGCUAUAUGCGAAAAACUAAGAAAUAGAAAGUCUGUAUUUUAGAACAAAUUCAAAACAAGUUCAAAACAGCAACAAAAUACAAUUGAACCAAAGACAUCGACUAAAAUGAAACUGAAUCGCGAAAAUUUUUAUGCCGUGAUGAAGUAGGGGUAGUACCAGUACCCUCAAGUCACCUUUAGUGGCACUUUGCCAGAUAUAAACCUCUAGGCGCUAGAGCAAGUUUUCUAACUUACCCCGAAUUCCAACUUCCCCCGGUGCACCUUAUCUUUAAGGUGAGGCAAAUUUAUUACAUCACUGUGUUGUCUCUGAUGCACAGGUAUAGAGACGCAUUUGGCUAUGCUGUGGGGGUGGGAUGUACUAGAUGUGCUGUGUCGGGUGUUGUUCCGCUCCCUGGCUGGAGAAAGUCAAUGUCUAGGUCAGUUUUUCGAUACUUUGCUGCCCAUCUGUACAACAGUUUGCCAGUGGAAUGUAAAAAUGCGAGUGUAAAUGGUUUCAAAAGAAUGAUUGAGGAAUAUGUGUUAUCCAUCCUAGAUGAAUGAAUGUUAGUGUGGUGUACCGAGCUAUUACAGCAAGUUGUUUAAAAUUAUUAAUUGUAGGGUAUUGUUCUCUCUCUGGUUUUUCUUGUUCUAGUGGCUGAGUGUUGGUUAAUUAUCUAUUUAUCUACUUAUCUAUCUAUUUGUUUCUUUAUUUCAUUUAUUUUUAUUAUUUUCUUAUUUUUGUAUUUUUGUUUCUGUCUGUGUAAUGUGGAGAGAGCCGAUCCCCCGCUCACCAAAAGGUACUGGUGGGGUCGUAAUAUGUAUCUAUAUAAGAUUGUACUGUACGAAAGAAAUAAAUAAAAAAUGUAAAAAUGUAAA